AUGCCUCACUCCUCCGAACCACAUCCCUCCCCGACCUUGUCCGAGUUUCUGAAACUCCUGCAGAAUAAGUGGACAUUUCGGGUAGCAUGCCAGAACGAAUGCGACUCACUGGGGCCUUGUGUCUGCUUACGCCACAUUGUCCACGUCGAGGCUCUCGAGGAAUGGUGGAAGCAAACAGACAGGUCACAGAGAUUACUUAACGAGCUUGGACCAGCCGAAGGUGAGCUGGUUCCUUUCAACAUAAAGGUGUUGUUCGGGCAACAUCCUUGCCUAAAGGUUUUCAGCCUGUUGUUGAAGCAGGGACAUGGACUUCUCCUCGUCGGAUUUCGCGCCGCUGGUAUAGAUGACAGAACCUUCGAGGAUGAAGCUAAAGACAACGACUCGAGACUACGUAUUGAAUUGGAGAGAUUGUCCACUUGUAGCGACGUGGACCGAGUUAUCGAAGACUUCCAGAAGGAGCGUUGGGCAUACUGCCCCCCCAAACUUGAGAUGAACAUGGAUGUUCAUCUUCAAAACACCAAGAUUAUCCCACCAUUCUGCCACAAGAUCAAGCUAGGAGAGAAAGGAGGUACCGCCUCGAUAUAUUGGGUCACAGUCCAGAAGGAUCUGAUAUCGGACGAAAGUCUCAAGAAUGCUAUACAGGAAACACUCUACACUGAUAAGGACUACGGCGAUUGUUAUCAGAUGGUACUGAAGUCCUACCACGGGGAUUACCAGAGCGCUUACGAUCUCGAGAAAAAGGCGUUCUCAGGCUUGAAACACAACGGCUCCGUCCCAAUAGUAGGCUGCUUCGGUUGCUAUACCCACGAGUACGGAGAGGGUACCAACGCGGGAAAGGCAUACAAUCUGCUUCUUGAGUACGGCGAGCGGGAUCUUUACGAACAUUGGGAGGACUAG